UACAAGAGAGAGCAUCAUUGUGAUUUGUGAAAGAAACAAAAAGUAAUAAGCAAUGGCGUCAAGAAGAGUUUCAUCGUUGCUUGCUCGCUCCUUCAUGCCCUCGUCUUCUUCUCUGUUAUCUCUUAGAGGUAUGAACAGAGGAGUGCAGAGAUACAGUAACCAUGCUGUUGAAAACACUAUUACUCCACCUGUGAAAGUUGAACACACACAGCUCUUGAUCGGAGGAAAAUUCGUUGAUGCAGCCUCAGGAAAAACUUUCCCUACUCUGGAUCCAAGGAAUGGUGAAGUGAUUGCUCAGGUGGCUGAAGGUGAUGUUGAAGACGUGAACCGUGCGGUUGCAGCUGCAAGAAAGGCCUUUGAUGAAGGACCAUGGCCUAGAAUGACAGCUUAUGAGAGAUCAAAGAUACUGUUUCGUUUCGCUGACUUGAUCGAGAAACAUAACGAUGAGAUUGCUGCUCUUGAGACUUGGGAUAAUGGGAAACCUUUUGAACAAGCUGCUAAAAUUGAAGUGCCAAUGCUUGCUAGGGUGUUCCGUUACUAUGCUGGUUGGGCAGACAAGAUCCAUGGAAUGACGGUUCCAGGAGAUGGUCCAUACCAUGUGCAGACUUUGCAUGAGCCCAUAGGAGUUGCUGGACAGAUCAUCCCAUGGAACUUCCCUCUUCUCAUGCUUUCUUGGAAACUUGGACCAGCUUUAGCUUGCGGAAACACUCUUGUUCUCAAGACGGCUGAGCAAACUCCUCUAUCUGCUCUCCUUGUUUCAAGACUACUUCAUGAGGCUGGACUUCCUGAUGGAGUUGUGAAUAUAGUUUCUGGAUUUGGUGCUACAGCUGGUGCAGCCUUAGCUAGUCACAUGGACGUUGAUAAGGUUGCUUUCACCGGUUCUACUGACGUUGGGAAGAUUAUUCUUGAUUUGGCCUCAAAAAGCAACCUUAAGUCAGUGACUCUUGAGCUUGGAGGCAAGUCACCAUUCAUAGUAUGUGAAGAUGCUGAUGUGGAUCAGGCCGUUGAGCUUGCACAUUUCGCUUUGUUCUUUAACCAGGGACAAUGCUGCUGUGCUGGCUCGCGUACAUUUGUACAUGAACGCGUGUAUGAUGAGUUUGUAGAGAAAGCUAAAGCGCGUGCUGUAAAACGCGCUGUUGGAGAUCCCUUCAAGUCAGGCAUUGAGCAAGGUCCCCAGAUUGACUCAGAGCAAUUCAAUAAAAUCCUGAAGUACAUCAAACAUGGAGUUGAUGCUGGAGCCACAUUACAAGCUGGAGGUGAUCGUUUUGGUUCUAAGGGUUACUACAUUCAACCCACCGUCUUCUCAGACGUGAAAGAUGACAUGCUCAUAGCCACAGACGAGAUUUUUGGACCAGUUCAAACCAUAUUGAAGUUCAAGGAUCUUGAUGAGGUGAUUGCAAGGGCAAACAACUCCAAGUACGGUUUAGCUGCAGGAGUGUUCACACAGAAUCUGGACACAGCGAACAGACUGAUGCGAGCGCUGAGGGUUGGUACCGUUUGGAUUAACUGUUUUGAUGUACUUGAUGCUACAAUUCCAUUUGGAGGGUAUAAGAUGAGUGGCAUUGGAAGAGAGAAGGGUCUUUACAGUCUUAGCCAUUACCUACAAGUUAAGGCUGUUGUCACAUCUCUCAAGAACCCGGCCUGGCUCUAAACCAAACAGGGUAUCUCAUCCUUAAUUUAGCUGAACUUAUGCUUAUUUCUUGAUGUUGGUUCAUUCUUGAUUUGCACUUUUGCUUUGGAAAACCUGCAAGUGUCCUGUAUCUAGGUUUUCUAGAUUUUGAGAGUAAUUUAUCUUCAACACAUUUAAUAAAUAAAGCUACAAAAAUGUGUGAUUUAUAAAAACCAAACUCUUAUUAGUUUCA